CCUUUCAAAAUCCAAAUCCAAACAAAGCAAAAAAAAAAAAAAUGCCGGCGGUGGCGGUCGAGUACGACGCCCUCUCCCGCUUCGCCUCCCGCCUCCUCUCCCACCGCUGCACCAGCUUCGGGGACCCCGAACUCCGCCUGCUCCAGGCCGCGCUCUCCGCUGGGCCCGACGUCCCCGCUCUGCUACACACGCGCUCCGCCGCCCGCCGCCUGCUUCAGGACCGCGCCAAGGAGGCAUUCGCCGCCGCGCAGGCUCCUCCCCUGGAUCAUGCGAGGAUCCUCGUCGUCGCCGACUUCUUCGCCCGGGCCUUCGCCCUCGUCGCCGAUGUCCGGAGCUGCCUUGCCAUGAGAUAUGAGGCCCUGCUCCUGCGAGACGCUAAAUACUCUGACAACCACCAUCUACAAGUGUCACGCGAGGAGUGGUUAACUUUCGCGAAGGAUGCUCUUCAAAAUGGCUUCUACACCAUUGCUUCCAAGGCAUUUGCAUAUGCUACUGCGCACAUUCACCCCAGCCACCCAAGGCAGUUGGACUCCACUAAUUCCAUUGAGAAGGACAAGAUCAAUGAUAUAACUGGACUUCGAAACCUGGCCAAGUCAUUAUCUGCAAAGCAUUCUGUUCAGACAGAGUCAGCUGAAUACAUGAAAAGGAGAAAUUCAUGUGCUCGUGAGAAGUAUAAUUUGCAAUCAGGAAAACCAAAGUUACCAGGAAGUUCAAUGUAUAUGUUAGGGAUCAAAACAAGGAACAUAAAGAAACUGCUUCAUAGUCGUGCAAGGAAUUUGGGCGAGAUUUGAAGCAAUCUUAGUAUGGCAUCUUCCGCAUGACUGACAAGAAUGAGCAUGAUCUGCAAUAGGAGCCAUUUUGUAAAAGGUGAGAAUUUUUGCAAUGGAGACAUGAAGCGAGUUCAUGUAUGAGUCUUUGAUUCAAAUAUUAAAACGAAGCUGUCAAAGAUUACAUACCUGCGCCCUUGAGUAGCAUAUCCACUCUGCAAGUAAGUUGCCACUUUCAAUAUCUGCAGACCGUUGUUCAUGUGCAGGACAAUGAUAAAUAGCAAUUGUGUCAUGCUUAACAUGUUGCCUUAUUAUUAUAUUUAUCGAAAUCUGUUCGUGAAUCGUGACGGAUGAGUAUGCUAAGUGUUGGAAAAACAGUGCGUGUGAAGCAUUUUCUUUUGGUGCUAUUGCUUGGGAAAUGCUCCACCAUCUUUUUUUUUUUCCCGAAAUGGGCAGGGUCUAUGGUCUGAUUUAGAAAUGUGCUAUUUGGCACAAAUGCACAAUAGAAAAUUCUGUCAUGACAUAAUGCAGUUGAGCAAAAACUUGGGAUAUAUGCUGUUGGAAACUUACCUUGAAAAUCUAGAAGGUUUUUGUAGCUGGAAAUUUGUUGGUAGUAUACUUGCCCUGGUCCACCCCGGUAGAAUUAAUCCUGGAGUCUCUUGAACCGGAAUUGCUUAGAUGGGAACAAGUGGUCGUGUUUCGAGGAAAGGACAUGUCUGUUGCAUACAUAUUCUAGAAAGGAUAUUUGUUGGAGUGCUAGGUAAAAGAGUUUAGAACAUAACCACGAGCAGUAAGGAUAUAUGCAGAGGUGGGCCAUGUGGGUGAGCUCUCAGUGAUGGAUCAAAUUUGACUUUAAAUGUCAGGCGAAGACUUUGAGUAGUAGUUUGCCUGUGAAAACAGCUCUGUCGGCAAGCAUAGUUUAGUGGUAGGGGCCUGGGCAGCCGCGAUCGUACUUGACUGGCAUGGCAUCCAUCCAUUUUAGGCCUCAAUCACACCUUUGGAAGGGUAGUAGCUUUUGAUAGCAACCGCAUGUGCACGCACGCAUCGCAGCACCCUUCCUUAGAAGUCCUGCCUCAUCCUGGUGGGGAGACUAGCUGCAGCUUGUAUGCAAGGCACGCCAUGCAUGAAGAUCAGAAAUCAAUCAUUGUGCAUGCUUAUAAUCAUUGUCAGGACUCAGGACUUGGUGCUAGCUAGCUGAUCAUAUAAGCCUCCGACGCGAAUUUGUUGUGUCAUGCGAACUGGGAACAGAUGCUGGUAAAAUAUACACAAGGCCGUUGGUUGUAGAUGCCAUCCCACAACCGGCCUACUGUUGCAAUGCACGACAAAUCCCUAAUCUUGCUCUUGUCCUGGCCUUGUGCCACUCCUGACCUACUGCCGACAUACGUGUCAGCUUUCCUCCUCAUCUCCGUUUACUUGUCGUCUUCUCUUGCUCGAGAUGAGAUUGGGACCACGUGAAUGUCUAGAAAACAAUGCAUAUGCUAGUGCAGGUUGCUAGCCAUAUUAGGGCUAUUAACUGUGGCGUUAAUUAGAGCUAGAUUUAGCAGCGCAAAGUCUAAACUCUAAAGAGUGAUCUGACUAGUCUUUCAUCCCUGCUAAUAUAAGGUCAACUCCCAACGUGCAUGGGGGCUAAAAGUCCAGUACAAAUUAAUGGUAAAAUAAACCUGCUCUAGAGCCUUUAGGUGUAGGGCAGCACCACUGUUAGUUGGUCCAUCUCAAUGGUCAACGCAGUUCUCAAGAAAUUUACAAUUACAUGUGGUUACAUUAAUUGUCAAAUGCAAGCCAUACAAUCUGUCCUGCGUGGCAGAGUUAAUUUGAAGUAUGCAUUAGAGGCAGCUGCUGCGUGGACUGAAAGGUGAAGCAAGGUAGUGAGUGCCUCCAUGUUAGUUAAUUGAGGAGAGAUAAAGCAGACUACUAGCUUGCUCGAUCGGUUGUUUAUAAUAUUAUGCCUGCUGUCGAGUCGACCAAUCAAUCUCAUCGUUGCUAGCUGCU